AUGUCAACCCCAACCUGGGAGUCCAAAGCCAGAUUGCGCACCCGCACGGGGUGUUUCGAAUGUCGCAAACGCCGCAAGAAAUGCGAUGAGCAAAGACCAACCUGUGAAAGAUGCGCCAACCUUGGCUCUGCCUGCACUUGGCCCACAUCCACCACCCAACUCAUGGAUGGCCGAAGGCGCGAGAGACGUCAAUGGAGCCCCAAGAGCCCAAUUUUAUCAAAUGAGGAUAAGGCUUUGUACACACAUUUUGCGACAACCGUGAUGCCCCGGCUUGUGCGACCGAAUUGUCCGUCGGUUUACAGUGAUCAAUCGCACAUACUCCGACUAGCCCAGGAAUUCUCUCCGCUGAUGGCAAUUAUGAUUGCCAUUGCGGCUCUUGAUCUCGGUAACGAUACACUCGCGAUGCAGCACUACCUGCAUUCGUUGCGCAGUCUGCAGGGUUGCAUAAUAGGUGCUCCCGGCACCGGGAACGAAGAUGGCUUAUUGGCGACGACGAUAUGUCUCUGUGUGUUUGAAAAUCUCCGGCCGGAUGUGCCUCCAAAUAUCGGUCUGCAUGCGAGGGCUGCUGGCGUGCUCCUUUGGCGACGACGCCCGGAAGAGACCACCCAAUCACCGUCACAGCCAGCAGUUGUAUUCGAACGAACCUGUGUGGAGUCGCUUUUGUAUCAUAGUACGCUUAUGAUGCUGUUUAAUCCCUCGCUCGAUGUGACAGCAGGCAACAUACCUCCGUAUUUUGCCUUUGCAGCCAAUGAUGGACAAGCUGUUCCGCAACCUAUCUUGGACGAAUCUUAUCAUUUCUUCAUCAUGAUUGCAAAUGUGACGCGAAUCGCUCGGUUAUCCCGCGAUCUAAGUCAAGAAGAACGCCAGAUGUGGACACGCCUUCAGAGCGACAUCCUGCAAUAUGAGCGCAAGGACGAUACUGAUAAUUCCAUGAGAAGGCUCUACUCACGAGCUGUUCGAAUUUUGCUGCUCAAAAAAGAUCCCGUGCGAAGAACUACGCAAUUAACAUCCGAAAUAAAAACCCUCUUCCACGAAGGACUGAUCAUCUUGGAGACAGUAGACAUCCAAAAUUACCUACUCGGUUAUUCUCUAUGGCCUGUGGCUGUGCUUGGUGCUGUUGCCGUGAGUGCAUCUGAACAGCACGCCAUAAACAACAAGAUUAGUCCAUGGGCUCGCAUGAGACGCGGGCAGGCAGUGCGAUUGCAAGAGCGACUGAUGAAUAUUUGGGCCUCGCCACGGGAACCCGAAGACAUGCUACAGAUGCAACAAUUACAGUUGUUAAUGAACCCUCUUGAAUCGACAUAA